CUUAUAUCACCUCAUAUAUCACCUGUAUUCAUGCUUGUACUGUAGUAUAUAAUAUAUUGUUGUCAGUAUUCUAACCUAUAAGCUUGAAAGUUAACUACAUAGAAAGAAAUAUAAGGUAUCAAAACGAGAUACAAGCAUUUUAAUUCUUCUACAUACUUUAUUUAUGUAUUGGAACAAAAAAUAUUCUUAAAGAAUCAGAAACUAUUCGAAACAAAGAAAAAUUGUACGAGUAAAAGAAUUUUUUAGGUUAUGUUACAACAUAGUACAGAAUACUUUAUAAUAUAAAAGAUUACAGUUUAUAUAUUCAUAAAAAAAAAUACAAUUGUGAUCUUUGUACAAUUAACAUAAUGAAAUGCCGAGAAUUUACACCAACGUAAAAUACUUGAUAAAACUAUGAGUUCACGGUAUGAAUUUCAUAAAUCAAAACGCGAAUAUAAACACAAUCAGCAGAGUGAUAGGCAAAGAAAAAGCAAAUAUGAUUCGAGAUUAUCAUACAGAAAUCAUGAUAGAAGGGAUAACGAAAAUGAUGUCACUCAAGAAGUUCCUCAGAAAUAUUUUGAAGACUUCUGCUUCAGCCAGUACAAACACGAAUUGAACAAAGUAUUCACAGGAAGUUUAAAUGUGGUUCAGGAUACUGACGAUUUUUGGAAAUUUGUUAACAAGUACGAGGGUCUGCAAAAGAAAUUGAAAACACCUGAUGUGCCACCUAAUUAUUCCUUAAAUAACAUUGGUGUGCCAGAAACAUAUCACAAAUCACAUUGUAUCAAUUUCAAAUUGAGUUACAAUUUUAAUGAACUGUUUGCACGGGUUCCACCAGCUGAAGCAUUGACUAAAGAGAGAUUACUGAAGUUUCAGAAUGUAAUUGUAUUAUAUUUAGAUUUCAAGCAAAAAGAGAAGUUCACCAAAUUGAAGAAGCUGAGAGAGACACAAGCAAAUUUGCCAGUUUAUCAACACAAAGAUGAAAUCGUUAAAACAGUAAGACAAGAACGAGUUGUUAUCAUAGCUGGUGAUACUGGCUGUGGGAAAUCCACCCAAGUGCCUCAAUAUUUAUAUGCAUCAGGUUUUCAAAGAAUUGCCUGUACACAACCAAGGAGAAUAGCUUGCAUAUCCUUAGCGAAACGCGUUGCUUUCGAAACGUUAACGGAGAAUCGCACCGAUGUCGGUUAUCAAAUUCGUUUUGAGAAGCAAAAGAAUCAAGAUACAAAAAUUAUAUUCAUAACAGAAGGUCUUUUACUAAGACAGUUAUCUGGAGAUGCAGAAUUGUCUUACGAUGUGAUCGUGUUAGAUGAGGUUCAUGAGCGUCAUUUACACGGAGAUUUUCUCCUUGGCAUUAUGAAGUGCAUCAUUAAUCAAAGACAAGAUCUAAAAUUAGUACUUAUGUCUGCAACUAUUAAUAUUGAGCUCUUUAGCAAUUACUUUUCCAAAGAAGACGUUAAAGUAAUACAGGUUCCUGGGCGAUUGUAUCCUAUUCAAUUAUUAUACAGACCUGUCACUAUAGAAGAUAUUCGCUACAAAAAUGACAGAUUUAAUCCAAGUCCAUAUAUACAAAUAAUGCAAAUGAUUGACCAAAAGUAUCCAGCUGAUGAGAAGGGAGACUUGUUAAUAUUCUUAAGUGGAAUGAGUGAAAUAACUGCAGUCGUAGACGCAGCAAAGGAGUACAGCCAGAAAAAGAAUAAUUGGAUCGUAUUACCACUUCAUAGUACUCUAGCUAUUAGCGAACAAGAUAAAGUAUUCGAUUAUCCUCCCGAAGGGGUAAGAAAGUGCAUCGUGUCGACGAACAUUGCCGAAACUUCUAUCACCAUAGACGGUAUCAGAUUCGUUGCCGAUAGUGGAAAAGUAAAAGAAAUGAGUUACGACCCAACGUGUAAAAUGCAACGGCUGAAGGAAUUCUGGAUUAGCAAAGCCAGUGCUGAACAGCGCAAGGGAAGAAGCGGUAGAACCGGACCCGGAGUAUGUUAUAGAUUAUAUUCGGAAGAAGAAUAUACGGCUUUGGAGAAGUACUCCACUCCGGAGUUGCAACGCGUACCAUUGGAUUCGUUGCUUUUACAAAUGAUCGCGAUGGGACUUCCGGACGCGCGGAAGUUUCCAUUCAUAGAACCACCGCCGGCGGAAAGCAUAGAAAAUUCAAUAUUGUCGUUGAAAGAACAUGAUGCAUUGACGGAUAAUGAAAAAAUAACGUGCAUUGGAAAGACACUUGCUCGUUUACCUGUUGAUAUAACGAUAGGGAAGAUGUUGAUAAUGGGUUCUAUCUUUCAUCAAGUAGAGCCAGUAUUGUCGUUAGCUGCUGCCUUGAGCAUACAAACACCGUUCACGAACAGAGCUUACAGAGACUCCGAAUGCGAGACAUCUAGAAAAAAAUUGGAGUCUGAUCACGGCGAUCCAAUAACGUUACUAAAUGCCUUUAGAGAAUGGUUAGAAGUGAAACAACAGAGUUCUCAAGAGUGUAGAGGUAGCGGUAGUAGUAGUAAAAAAUGGUGCAGAAGAAGAGGAUUAGAAGAACAACGAUUUUACGAAAUGACAAAAUUGAGAGCGCAAUUCAAAGAUUUACUACAGGAUUGCAGUUUACUGAAAAGUCUUCCAGAGCCAAAUUCUUCAAUGUCUAGCGCGGAACGCGCUAUCAGACACGGAGAACUGAAACUCUUGAAAUCCUUAAAAAGAACUUACAAACAAAGUGAACCCAGGAAACGAAAGAAGCUUAAACUAGAAUCUUUCGAUAUACAAAUAGAAGAUAACGAUCAGGAUGACGGCGAAAUUGAUAUAAAGGAUAUCGAAUUUCGUAUGAGGAAUGAUCCGAGCCAAGUGCAGAAUCUGUUGACAGCAGCCACUGCAUGCAGUUACAAGGAUUUAACAAUGUUGAAGUUAAUACUGUGCAGUGGUUUGUAUCCACAAUUCGCAUGUGCCGAUGAAUUUAAUUAUUGUAAGUCAACAAACGAGCAGCUAUUCCACACGAAAGCGAAGCCUUACAUUGCCUUGCAUCCAAUGAGUUUCUUUGGAAAUCAUCCUCAGAUAUUGCAAUUAGAAGAAUCUGAUGUCGUAUCAAUACCAGGAUUUAAAAGCAAAACUCCUGUUAGUCCGAAGCAUACAAUAUUAACAUACUUAUCUUUACUGGAGACAACCAAACCUUAUUUGGUGAAUACACUCCGAAUGCCCGCUGCGCAAACAUUGCUUUUAUUCGCACGUCAAAUCGAUACAAACAGUAUAUUUUCAAUUAUAGUUUGCGAUUCCUGGUUACAAUUGGAGUUCCCUGUUCCUGACAGUGGUCAGAUUUUAUUAAUGAAGGCUACCAAGUUAAGACACAAGUGGGAUUUUUUAUUGAAUCAACGAUUGAAAGAUUCACGUGACGACGAGAAACAAGAUUUCAGCGAAAUCGAGUAUUCGCUUACUCAAGAAUUGAUCGAGUACAUGCACACUACAGUUCCAUAUACGUUGAAACGACUUUUACCAGCUGAUCUCAAAACGAUAUACGUAGGAAAUGAUGAGAAUAAGGCGGUCGUAGAUCCUAAUCCUUUCCAAUCAGAUUUCGAAAUAAUUCCGCAUCCGAUGAAAGGAGGAGUUCGCGUAACAAAUGCCAUUACAUACAAUUGUAUAAGGGAAACCGAAUGGAGCGACAAACUAGCUGUAGAAAUGCUCGAAACCGAGUGGUACUGUCAAAAUUGUAACAUGCAAGCAGUUUUAACUAGCAUAGAAAAAUUACAGCACCAACACUCAUGUACCAAAACGGUUACGGAAGAUACUGAGAAACGAACAGAUGUUGUGAAACGCAAACCUAACAGUCAAGCAUACGAGUGUCCCGAUUGUGCACAGACAUUGUACCUGACACCGAUUGAAAUACUUAAACACAAAAAGUCACACGUUAAAUAGUUCCAUCAAAGAUCUAAUAUCCUAAAUUUACGACACAUUUGUCAAUUUAUAUAAAAAUAUAAUAAUUUAUUGAACAAUAUGUAUAACAAUUUACAGUGGGGUAUUAUAAAAGAGAUGUAAUACAAGAAUAAAAUGCGUACUUUGUUUAACGA